GUCUAGUCCUGACUCCCUACAUCAUUUUCACAUUUUCACAGCUUUGGGACACUUCUUCACAUGGCGGAGGCGCACGUGAACGUGUAAACAGAGAGGGGGAGAGGGUGAAAGAGAGUGAGAGAGCGUUAGUGAGUGAGUGUGAGUGCUUUCUCACUCCCUGAUCUCAGUCUGUUCUGUGUGUAUGGGAGGCAGGGUCGUGAUGGUGUGGCUAGAGGACUGAAGCAGAGCACUCUACUACUAACGGGGUUUCCCUCCUCCCUUUCUGUCUCUAUCUCUCUAGAUUUUGACUGACACACUUGGCAAGAAUGAGCUCGCGCUCGCCAGUCAAGGCGGACAGCAUCCCCACGCAAGACCCGUCUCUCACGCCUUGGAACAUCAGCUCUGUAAGCGCGCAUCGCCUGAUGGAGCUUCCGCCCGCGUCCACCUCAGUUGCCAUGACAGUGCGAUGGCCCUUCCCAACGGUGGAUGUCCCAGACCACCACCACUACACCCUCGGGUCCGUCAUCCUCGCCGUCGGCAUCACAGGCAUGGUGGGAAACUUCCUCGUCAUGUAUGCCUUCUGCAGGAGUCGGAGUUUACGUACUCCAGCCAACAUGUUCAUUAUUAACCUGGCGUUGACAGACUUCCUCAUGUGUGUGACUCAGACCCCCAUAUUCUUCAUCAACAGCAUGCACAACAGGUGGAUCUUUGGAGAGAAAGCAUGUGAGCUGUAUGCGUUCUGUGGAGCGUUGUUUGGGAUGACCAGUAUGAUCACACUGCUGGUGAUCGCCGUGGACCGCUACUUCGUCAUCACACGGCCGCUGGCAUCCAUGGGUGUGAUGUCCCGACGUCGGGCCCUCUAUGUCAUGGCUGCUGCCUGGUUCUACUCUAUGUUCUGGUCCCUACCUCCCUUCUUUGGCUGGAGUGCGUACGUCCCAGAGGGGUUGAUGACGUCGUGUUCGUGGGACUACAUGACAUUCACGCCGUCCGUCCGCUCUUACACCAUGCUGCUCUUCAUCUUCGUCUUCUUCAUCCCCCUCUUCAUCAUCAUCUACUGCUACAUCUGCAUCUUCAUCGCUGUACGCAGCGCCACGAGGGCCGUGUGUAAGAUAAACGAGGGCACCAGGGACUCAGUGAAGAGCAUGCAUAAGAUGAAGACUGAGUGGAAAACGGCCAAGAUCGCUCUCAUCGUCAUCCUGCUCUACGUCAUCUCCUGGGCUCCGUACUCCUGUGUCGCGCUCACCGCCUUCGCAGGAGGGUAUGCUGACAUGCUAACUCCGUAUAUGAACUCUGUUCCUGCUGCCAUCGCUAAAGCCUCUGCCAUCCACAACCCUAUAAUAUACGCUAUAACACACCCCAAAUACAGGCUAGCUAUCAGUAGGUACAUUCCAUUUAUGGGUGUGUUGCUGUGUGUUCCUACCAGAGAUCGUUAUAGCAACAGCAGCUUCAUGUCCUCCACCCGUCGCUCAACCCUCACCAGUACAACAUCUGACCCCGGUAAGACUGGCAAGCCCCGCCAGUCCUCCUUGUCCGACAGCGAAUCAGCAUUUACGGACACGGAGGCGCAACACUCCUCUCGUCCGGCCAGUCGUCAGGUGUCCAGUGAUGUCACCCAGCUCCAGCCCACCUUUUCCCAGAGGUCAAAAGGUCAUUCCUCCCUGAAGGUGAAAGGUCGCGACUCAGGAGCGUUUGAGAAAGCAGCUUCUCAGUCCCCCUCUGACCCUGCUGUCUGCCGCCUGCAACACGUCACUACGCUGACAGAGCCAGAGGACAUCUCCAUGUCUGAGAUCGUUGGUUUGACUAAUAUCCUUCCUGCUACUCUGGAUGAUGUCAGAGAGGAGAAGUGGUCUCAAGGUGUUAGUGAGCGUGGCUCUUCCACAUGCCUAACCGACCUGAUCCCUGCCAUGGUACUCACGUCUACGUCUAGCCCCUCCUCCAUCUCCCUGCUACAAAGACAAGGUUCCCGAGGCAACCCAGCCAAUAACAGCAGUAAAGGGGCGGGGCUUGCUGAUGUUGUGCAGUUGGACAAUGUGUGACACAGCUGUGUGUGGGUUGCUUCUUUCCUCCUCUACGGGGUUCUACGCUACCACCUUGCUAUCUACUGUAACUCAUGCGCUGUGUGUGUGUGUGUGUGUGUGUGUGUGUGUGUGUGUGUGUGUGUGUGUGUGUGUGUGUGUGUGUGUGUGUGUGUGUGUGUGUGUGUGUGUGUGUGUGUGUGUGUGUGUGUGUGUGUGUGUGUGUGUGUGUGUGUGUGUGUGUGUGUGUGUGCAUUAGUGUUUUGUAUUUAUGAAUUUAGAGAAGUUUUCCGUUGAAGUGUAGAAAACACAGAAUGUGAAACAGUUUGUUGGUGACUUUCCUUUUUAUUUCUUUAAACAAUGAGGAUUGUGAAAAUGUGGUCCCCUCCAUCCCCUCUUUCUUUCCCUCUUUCCCUCUCUCCUCCCCC